CUGCUGCAGAUCAGAGAUCUCGGCUACUAUGUGUCUAUGUUGGGGGGUCUCCGACAUCACAGGUUUGGGAACCCAUGCCACUGUAUCCAGCGCUGUCCGCCUCCAACAUUAACCCUGCUAUUUCGAGAAACUUCCAGCCCACUUUCCCACGUCACUUCAAGGAAUCUUUAAAGCGUCCGUCGCCUGUAUAAAAUGUUUCAGUACUCGGCAGCCAGCAACGUGAACGGCAUGAAGACACAGUCACCGAUACUGACAAUGGCCAACAAUGACAACGAUCCUCUCCCUCUCGGAUGGGAAGUCAAAAUUGACCCUCAGACUGGAUGGCCCUUCUUUGUGGAUCACAAUAACCGCACGACAACCUGGAAUGACCCGAGACACGACACGAAAAAGGUCAGAGAGGUGUCAGCAAAUGGACCCAACAUACCCCCAGAACCAAGCCCUCAGGAGACACAGAAGACCUUUGUGAGGGAGAUGAAGCACCCCAUUCUUCGCCCAGGUUAUGUUCCCAUCCCAGUAUUCCACGAGGGUGCAGAACUGAGGCAGCAACAGCAUCCAUGUUAUUCCUACAUCCAGCCAAGCACCGCACAGAAUAUCCGGACAGACGGGCAGAGCCCUUCCUCCACAACAGGGCUCCACUGCAGGCCUAGAUCACCUUUACAUGGACCCUCAGACAGCUGUGCCACUGAGCCUGGAAAGGCCAGCUCACCCGUUUCACAAACAGCAGAGGUUUACACUGUCCCGCAUCACCAGCCUCCACGGCCCAGCAGCACUGGUCUUCAAGCAGGUUACAUCCCCAUCCCGGUGAUCCAUGAGGGCGGAGGAGGCCAAACACAAACACAGGCUCAGCUGAAUCCCUCGGUUUACUCUCAGCGUGUCCCCUACACAGAGCACCAGCAGCCUUUCCAUCGCAUUCAGACAGAUGAGUGGCCUGGCUACUCUGCAGCAAUUCAGACUCCCCGGGAAAGGGCUUCUCCGAUUCUUCUUCCCCAGCAUCGCGAUUCUAUUCACCUCCCUCCUCACAUUAGAAGCCAGUCACCCAUUAUAACGCAGGUGCUGGGAGAAAGACCACAGGCUCAGCAACAGGUUCUCACAAGAGACCUGCCCCAGAAAACUGAGCAGGAACACCAAAGCGUUCAGCAGAAACCAGAGAACACACAACUCCCCCAGCCAUUGCACACAGAAGGUGACAUCCAAAAGCCUCAACAACCUCAACAGUUCCAACAGCCUCCACCUCAGCAACCUCAGCAGUUCCAACAACCUCAGCCGUUCCAACAACCUCCGCAGUUCCAACAACCUCAGCCGUUCCAACAACCUCCGCAGUUCCAACAACCUCAACAGUUUCAGCAGCCACAUCAGUUCCAGCAGGCACCACCUCAGACAUCUCCACAGCCUCAGCAUCCUGAACAGUUAAUGCAGUCCCAGCAACACUUCAAGCAGCCCCAGAAACCAGAGCAACCACAACAACAUACUGCAGAUAUCACUGUUCAAAUACCUCCAAAACCAGAGGCCCAGGACAUGACAGGUGUUCCCCCAGAAGUCCCGCCUGUAAAGGUAGAGGCUGAACAGGUUGCUCAAUGCCCGAUCCACCCAGGUUUGGCUAAGGUCCAGCAGAUUGUCGAGAGGGUUGCUAAACUGGAGCAGGAGGUGAAAUGUUUUGGUGGAAAGAAGAACGAUAAGAAAUACUUGUUACUGGAGGAGCUGCUGACCAAAGAGCUCUUAGCACUGGACUCAGUUGACCCAGAGGGUCGUGCAGAUGUACGGCAGGCGAGACGGGAUGGAGUCCGUCGUGUUCAGACCAUACUGGAAGAACUGGAGCAACUGGAGGAGCAGCCAGCCAGGCCUGCCAUCGAGACCGCAAUGGAAGGAGACAACCUGACACAGAAAGGAGAGCCCAGCAUAGUCACCAAGGAGAAUGUGGAGCUGGCAAGAGAGAUAUCAUAAUGACUGCGCACAUCAUAAUCAAGAGGAGAGAAGGAUGCUGCUGUAUAUUUGAUAGUGAACAAGUGUGCUCCAGUUAUCUCUCCUCCUCCUCUUUCUACAGCAUUUGUGGAAUUUGCAUGCAUUGAUUUACAGUGUUGGUAUUUCCUGCCAUUCAGCACAUAAUCGAUGGUAGCUCAGUGCAAUCAUAUUUUUCAAGCCAAUGUUGUUGCCUUCUAUGUUGUGCCAACGUCUUCAUAAUAAGACAGCUGUCAUGAUCGAGUUGUUGACAACAAUUUCUAGUCAAAUUAAAGUUUGAAUAAGAGGCCUUUAUCAAUAAAAGGAAGAAGAAUAUAAGUAUUUUCCUAAGAAAUGUUAUGUGUAGUUGCCUUUUGUCUUGAUCAAAUGUAAUAUGAAGCUUUUCUUUAUCCAGCCAGCACAUUGGUUAGUACACAAGUGCAAACAUAGGGGCUUUAAAGCAGAACUCACUGCAAAACUCAGUCAACAGAAAAGCAUUUUCCCCUUUAUAGCCACAUGGCCAUGUUGGAGCUGCUUUGUCACAGAACACAGUGAAUAUGUUUAUUAGAUGCUGCUUUUUGGUGCAUUAACUGAUUUUGCUGUCUUUGCACUUCGCCAUCAUUGAAAUGUAUCAUGCUGAAAGAUCAGCAGCACUUCAUUUGAAAUAUAUGAGUUACACAAGUUUUGAUUGAUGUGUUUGAGUGUUUGUAUGUGCAUUGGUUUACUUGUUAUUUCAAAAACAUUAUAUCAAUAUUUAUAUCAUAGUAUUUUGGUACAUUUAUGAAUGUGUAACAGAAAACUAAGGUGAGAAGUGUAUCUUGCCUGAGACGUGAGACAAUCAGCACUUGGUGCUAAUGAGGAAUCACAGGUUAAGAUUGUCAGAAUGUAUAACUACCACGGCCACAAUCUGUAAUAACACUAAUUCAAAAAUGGCCUAAAAGCCUUAUGAAUAGCAACUGUGAAAAAAUUCUGAAUUCACAAAUGGAUGACCUGCAAGAAAAUGUCUAUUUCUCUUUUAAAAAGGUUUUUUAAAAGAGCUUUUAAGAUUACUCUACUUGUGUAGUAAUUUGUCACUAUAGCCAUCUGUAAGGUAGGGUCACUGUUAACACCUUUGCAAAUUAUGGAUUUUGGCAUAGUGUUGAUCACACUUUAUGAGUAGCAGGAUAAUGCAUUGUUGAAAGUAGAUCAUGUUGGUAUGGUUGAAAAUAAAAUUUAUUUGACAUGGA